UCCACACAUUGAUCAUGAAAUUUCAGCAACUGAUUUUGCUUUGCUCAGCUAUAAGUUUAUAUAGCUAUAGUGGUUUGGCAAAUGCUCGCCCUAUCGUCAUUGGUUAUCAAACCAACAUAGAACCUGCAAAAGUUGCACAGGCUGAUGGUGUGUAUGACAAAGUGAUUGGGGAAAAACUGGAUUGGCGCUUAUUUAAUAGUGGUGCAGAGGUUUUAACUGCAUUGGCUUCUGGUUCUGUAGAUAUCGCACUGAUUGGCUCAAGUCCGUUAGGGGCAGCUGUUGCCAAUAAUUUGCCCAUAGAGGUGUUUUUAAUUUCUACCGAUCUGAAAAGUGCGGAAGCCUUAGUGGUGAGAAAUGGCUCAGGAAUUAAUAGUCCUCAGGACUUGAUUGGGAAAAAGGUGGCCACGCCAUUUGCUUCGACUUCCCAUUACAGUUUAUUGGGGGCUUUGCAGCAUUGGAAUAUUAAAACCAAUCAAAUACGGUUGUUGAACCUAAAACCAGCUGAAAUUAAUGCAGCAUGGCGCAGAGGCGAUAUAGAUGCAGCUUUUGUCUGGUCACCUGCACUUGCCAAUAUUAAGAAAACCGGCAAGGUCAUCACAGAUGCAGGGCAGGUUGGGCAAUGGGGAUCUCCUACAUUUGAAGUUUGGGUAGCACGUAAAGAUUUUGUACAGAAGCAUCCUGAUGUCUUAGCAAAGUUUUCAACAGUAACACUGAACUAUUACCAAUCUUAUAACCAGAAUAAAAGUCGUUGGACUGCCAACUCGGCUGAAGUGCAAAAAAUUGCCAAAAUUACCGGCGUAGAUGCUCAAGAUGUGCCAGCGCUUCUUGCUGGCGCCGCCUAUCCAGAUCGUCAGGCGCAAUUAAGCACUCAAUACCUUGGUGGGCGGACCACACAAAAUAUUGUCAACUCAGUGAACUUUUUAAAAGCACAAGGUCUGGUGAGAAAGAGAUCGGAAGUAUUCAUCAUGGCUGUAUUGACUGUAGAACAUGUACAAGCACAGUAUCCGGGUGCUGAACAACCGGUACUGAAAGAUGUUUCAUUUCAGCUGGGCUCUGAGCAACUGAUGGUUGCAUUAGGUGCUUCAGGCAGUGGUAAAACAACCUUAUUAAAUCUGAUUGCUGGAUUUACUCAGCCACAAGCUGGCACUUUAAAACUGGAUGGUGAAGCAAUCGUUGCACCUAGCCGAGACCGUGGUGUGGUGUUCCAAGAUGAUGUUUUAUUGCCUUGGCAAAAUGUAGAAGACAAUAUUGCUUUUGGUUUAGAGCUUGCAGGGGUUGAUAAAAAAACACGUCAAACCCGUGCACAAGCAUUACUUAAAUUGGUGAAUUUAGAAGGCUUUGGUCAACGCCAUAUCUGGGAACUUUCAGGCGGGCAGCGUCAACGGGUCGGUUUAGCACGUGCUUUGGCUUCUGACCCUAAAAUAUUAUUGAUGGAUGAGCCUUUUGGUGCUUUGGAUGCGUUUAUUCGUGAACAAAUGCAGUGCUUAUUAUUAGAUGUUUGGAAGAGUACGUCCAAACCUACUUUCUUAAUUACCCAUGACAUUGAAGAAGCUGUUUUUCUGGCAACAGAUCUGAUUAUUCUUGCACCAAAUCCUGGGCGAAUUGUGGAAAAGCUGGAGUUGGAUUUUGCUAAACGCUAUGCCAAUGGCGAGCCAGCACGAAGUAUUAAAUCAGAUCCCAAGUUUAUUGAAAUGCGAGAGCAUGUGUUGAGUUGUGUAUUCAUUCAAAAUAAUCAGGAUCAAUACCAUGUUGCUCAGAGCGACCAAGCUCAAGUGGAAAAGGUGGAG